CUUCCCCGUUCCGUCCCCGUCCAUCUUCCGCAAGCCGUCACAACUUGAGUCCACCCGCUUGCUGCCGCCGUAACCUUGCUUACGCCGAUACCUCUACUUACCGUGCUCCACGCCGGACACCCGACGGAUACCUCUACCACUCCCUACUAUUAGUAUCUGUCCACUACAGUACGUGUAGUCUACGGACUUGGCUUACAGCGACACUUCAGUUUGUUGUCGUCACAGCAUCGGCACCGUAACAGGAAAACAGCCCGCCCGUCGAAACAUACCGUCACCCCGUAAUUACAACCACCUUACAGCAACCAAACCACCAACGUACCUUGCAUAGCUGAUUCACCACCUACCCACGCCGACCCCGACAUAUUAUUCACAGGAAGGCAUACACUUCCACUCCUUCAUGCAGUCCGCCAACAAUGCGCCGCCCCCCAACGACCCCCUCGCGUCGCUGCCCAUGGCCAACCCCACCAUGAAGCCCCUACCCUCCAAGCAACGGGGACAGCCGCUGGUCCUCGACUCCCGCUCCCAUUCCCAGCCCGCAGCCCAACCGACCACGCCUGUCCGCGAACGCCGAACGAACCCCUCGGCUGCCUCCCUGUUCAGGUCGACACUUACACCACCGGGCUCCCGCUCCGGGUCACCAGCACCCAUGGGGUCCCCAGCCCGCAGCCUGACCGGCUCCGUCUUUGGUAGCGGCGGCUUCAAGCAAUCUCUCCUCGACACCGCGGCCGCCGAGAACCCGGGCGAUCCUCUCAACCUGAUCCUCAAGAGCUUCGUCCCCCACAUUGCUAUCCAUGACUCGGAAGAUGUCGAACAUUUGGUCAAGGAAAAGGGCUUCAAAGGAGGGCUGUUUGAGCUGCUCCGCCCGUUUGGAGAGCGCGUUCAGGGAAGGGUCACCAUUCGCGACAGCAACGGUGCCUCGCGCACGUGGGACGACUUCUCAGUCCGAUUCACACGGUUCGGCGAAGCGGUCGAGGAUCCAGACACGUUGCCAGAUCCCCGCUCACUAAGAGGACCUCCACCAAACGGGCAACCACAAUACAACAUGCCGAGGAAGAAGACGAGCUUGGUUCAGCAGGUCGAACAAGUGGUGGAGAAGCACUUGGGCUUCGCAGAGGAGGCAAGCAUGGGGGCAGCAACACCUACGACGCCCACAAGGCAAGGUCUCGACACGGACACUACAUCGCCCUACUACGCCCUCUACCUCCGACGGCUACUCUCCGGUAUCCCCAUGGCCUCCCACGAAACUUUCUCUCACCCGGUCGCCUGCGUAAUCGCCAUCAGCUCGCGACAUCCCGCCCCCAUCGAAGCCCUCCGGCAACUCUACAGCGAAACCACCCCCGCCGAGCAGCGAAUACCACCGUGGGUCGAUGGGGACUUCUUGCGCUACUAUGUGCUCGUACACGACGAAGAACGCAGCGACAUCACCAAGUCCAUGCAGCUGUUUGACCAAAUGAAGCGCCACUUUGGCCUACACUGCCACCUGCUCCGCAUUCGCUCCUCCCAAGCUGCCGAGACCGACGACGACAGCAUCCCGCUCCCUCGCUCCGACUGGAUGUCCGCCUCCGAAGAGCUCGCCGACAUCGAACGGUCCGAACAGCUCCAAGACUCCUUCGACGACGACCCGCACCUCUUCAAUCGGUACAUCUUCGAGUCCGACGCUACCGCCAUCCGCACCUUUAUCCGCGAAAUGGUCAUCCAAUCGAUCAUCCCGACCAUGGAGCGCAACGUCUCGCUGUGGAAUGACCAGGUCGCUUCCCGGCGUCGCGGUAUCUCUGGGCGGUUCAUGUCCUUGUCGAAACGCUUCACAGUCUUUGGCUCCUCUUCAUCCUCCUCGCGCAGCUCCACCAGCAGUUCAAACAACGGUUUCGAGACCCUAGGUUACUACCGCCCCGACACGCCCGAAGCCAUCAUGCGCCGGCUUGCCGACUUUGCCUUUAUGCUGCGCGACUGGAAGCUGGCCAUGUCCACCUACGACUUGCUGAGGACCGACUUCCAAAACGACAAAGCGUGGAAAUACCAUGCCUCGGCCAACGAAAUGGCCGCCUUGUCUCUGCUCAUCAUGCCGCAGACCAUGUCCUCCAAGAACCGAGUGGAAAUCAUCAACCCCAUGGUCGAACAGGCUCUCUAUUCUUACCACACGCGUUGCUCAUCUCUUUAUGGGGCCGUCCGGUCCACCCUUCUUUCUUUGGAGCUCCUCCGGCUCCGCGGCGGCAUCGGGAUAGAUGAAUCCGUCCGCUGGGGAACCCGCCUCCUCGAAAUGCGAUUAUUUGGCCCUGUCGGCGACGCCUUGCUCCGUGAACGACUCGCAGUCUGCUAUGCCUCUAAGCGAGGCACCGGUUCCCAGCUCUGGGGCAGCAGGCGACGCAAGUCAGCAAUGUGGAGCGUGCUUGCCGCCCAGGCGUGGGUAAGCAUGGGCAAGUACUUGCAGGCGCAAAAGUGUUUGGCUGAUGCAAGGAGGAUGUAUUCUUUACUGCCGAGCGAGUGGGGAGUACAAGGUUUCAACGGAGCCAGCGAGUGUCUGGCGGGAUUGAACGAGGCGGUCAGGGAAGGGCUGAGGGUGACAAGGGAGUACGCCGAGGCAUUGGAGGCGGAGGGGGGACAUUCUCAGGGCGGUGGUACUAGGGAAGGAGAGGAGGGAGAAGGGUUGGGGCUGGGAUUGCAGUUCGACGAAAGCAGCAACCUCACGAUCCGACCCAAGGCCGACAACCAGGCAGCAGCAGCAGCAGCAGCUACCGACCACAACAACAACGCGCAGACGGAAGUGGACGUGGACGUGGACGUAGAACAAAGCGGGUUCAACGGACAGUCAUCACAAUUACCAUCACGACCACCACAAAUACCCACACCCACCGCGUCUUCCAAGUCCCCAACACCGGAAACAACACGAGGAGGUGAUGAACAGCCAGAAGGCUUCGAAGACGCGACUCCCACCACCAGUGGGCCCAGUAGCGGACAUAGUCCGACCCGACCGCGAAAGGCAAGCAUGGCUGUCCGAACAUCCAGAGUGUUAUCCUCAGCGGAUCUGGAGCCAGCAGCGCCUCUGCCGCCGUUAAUUCCAGCGAGGCUGGCGAGCACGAGCGGAAGGGAUGAGAAUAAGAGUAAAGAUGGGAAGGACGGUGGAUUUGGUUAACAUUUUUUUGUAGAGGUGAAUGGGAGACGGACGGGGGCAGGCAUGGGAAGACACAUUAGACGGCAGCAGCAGGCUUGUUUAGCAACAACAGCAAAAAGUAUAUGAAUAGUAAUGACGAAUGGAAUGGCUAGAGUAAUGAAU